CUUAUGUUAUCAUAACAAACAAGAGUCAUAAAUCAUAUGAGUUUAUUCAACUGCGGAACCUUGAGUUGCAAGUUAUAACAAUCAAUCCAAUCUUGAAAACCAAGAAACUAUCAUCUUCUCUGUUUCUAAAGCAAACACCAUCUCACUACUCAUCUACCCAAAACCCUAAUAAUUCAUUUUGCCCAAUUUUCAACUUUAAAAAUCAGACACUUUCAACUGUGAAUCAGAAGGAAUGGAAUCGGGUAAGAGACGGCGAGCAGCAGUUGUAGUGCUCGGUGAUAUUGGUCGCAGCCCUCGUAUGCAAUAUCAUGCCCUUUCUCUUGCUCGUCAGGCAAAUCUUGAGGUCGAUAUUGUUGCAUAUGGAGGUUCUGAUCCACAUUCCGCUCUAUUAGAGCAUUCAUCCAUACAUAUCCAUACCAUGAGGCAAUGGCCGUCAAGAGAUGGAUUUUUACCGAAAAUAUUUCGUCCGGUUAUGCUUUUGCUAAAGCCAUUGGUUCAAUUCAUCAUGCUUCUUUGGUUUCUUUGUUUUAAAAUAAAGGCCCCCGAUGUAUUUAUAGUGCAGAAUCCUCCUUCAGUUCCAACUUUGGUUGCCGUGAAAUGGGCCAGCUGGUUGAGGCAAUCCUCGUUCAUCAUCGAUUGGCAUAACUUUGGAUAUACUCUGCUUGCGUUAUCUCUUGGUAGAAGCAGUCGUUUUGUAGCAAUAUAUCAUUGGGUUGAAUUACAUUUUGGGAAGAUGGCAAACGGUUCGUUGUGUGUCACAAAGGCGAUGCAACAUGAGUUGGAACAAGUUUGGGGUAUCAAAGCCACGGUGUUAUAUGAUCAGCCUCCUGAGUUUUUCCGGCCAGCUUUGCUUGAAGAAAAGCAUAAGUUGUUUUGUAGAAUUAAAAAGGAUAUGUUCCGGUCAAACAGUCCUUCAGAUUGCGUCAGCUAUGGAAUAACCGACCAUGACUUGCAAGAUCCAAAAACAACAUUAUUUACAAACCAGAUCGACAACGAGUAUCACUUGAAGCAGAAUAGGCCUGCACUUAUUGUUAGCAGUACAAGCUGGACCCCGGAUGAAGAUUUCGGCAUUCUUUUAGAAGCAGCAGUGAUGUACGAUAGGCGUGUUGCCGCAUUACUAAAUGAAAACGACUCAAAUGGGGAUGAGUUUUUAUGGAAAGCCGUUGAUGAGGGGAAGACGUUUUUAUAUCCAAGAUUAUUAUUUGUUAUCACCGGGAAAGGGCCGGAGAAAGAGAAGUAUGAGGAGAAAAUAAAGAAAUUGAACCUUAAACGUGUGGCAUUCCGUACCAUGUGGCUGUCACCAGAGGACUACCCCUUGCUUCUUGGUUCGGCUGAUCUUGGUGUUUGUUUGCAUACUUCAUCAUCAGGGUUGGAUCUCCCAAUGAAGGUUGUAGACAUGUUUGGAUGCGGUCUACCUGUUUGUGCUGUUUCUUAUUCUUGCAUCACAGAGCUUGUAGAAGUGGAGAAAAAUGGCCUUCUUUUCUCGUCAUCAUCAGAGCUUGCUGAUGAACUCAUGAUGCUUUUUAAGGGAUUUCCCGAUGGGUGUGAUGCUUUGAGAACACUGAAAAACGGGGUUCUGGAAAUGGGCUCAUCUGCAAAAUGGGCCACUGAGUGGGAAGCUAAUGCAAAGCCAUUGAUAUCCAAGGUGAUCUCUGGCGACUUGAGUUGAUAUCAAAUGGAUCUACAUUUUGAAGAAGUUCAGUUUUUAACUUUUAGACUGUUUUUAUAUAAUAUGAAGAUCUAUAGCAUUAACAAAACUACAAAAGUUCAGUUUAUUAAUUAUUAGCAUUUUGUAAGAAUGUACAACAGAAAACUGUUGUUAUUUAGGAAACUUAUGGAUUCA